AUGAGUCAAAUCUACGAUGACGAAAUUGCCGGGGUUAUCAUUGACAACGGAUCUGGGAUGUGCAAGGCUGGGUUCGCGGGCGAUGAUGCUCCCCGGGCGGUGUUUCCGGCGCUCACCGGGCGGCCGCGGUUCGACCUUGUGAUGGCAGGCAUGGGCGCAAAGGACACUUAUAUCGGAGACGAGGCGCAAAGCAAACGCGGUAUCCUGUCACUACGUUACCCGGUGGAGCACGGUAUCGUCACCAACUGGGAUGACAUGGAAAAAAUCUGGCAUCACACUUUCUACAACGAGCUUCGGGUGGCGCCCGAGGAACAUCCGGUGCUCUUGACCGAAGCGCCGCUCAAUCCCAAGGCGAAUCGGGAGCGUAUGACACAGAUCAUGUUUGAGACAUUUAACACGCCGGCGUUCUACGUGGCCAUACAGGCCGUUCUGUCCCUUUACGCGUCAGGACGGACGACCGGGGUUGUGUUCGAUGCGGGUGACGGAGUUUCGCACGUGGUACCUAUAUACGAAGGUUACGCGCUUCCCCACGCUAUUGAGCGCAUGAACCUGGCCGGAAGGGACCUCACACACUACCUAAAGAGAAUUCUGACUGAGCGGGCUUGCAAUUUUACAACUUCGUCUGAAAUGGAAAUUGUGCGUGACAUUAAGGAGAAACUCUGCUACGCGGCCAUGGACUUUGAGAGUGAAAUGAACUUAGCAAAGAACUCGUCAGUUGUUGAAAAAAGCUAUGAACUCCCAGACGGCGGGGUGAUAACGAUUGGAAAUGAGCGUUUCCGGUGCGUGGAAGCUCUGUUCCAACCUUCCUUCCUGGGUAUGGAGAACGCCGGCGUCCACGAACUACUAUAUAACUCAGUCCAGAAGAGCGACAUCGACAUCCGGCGGGAUCUCUGGAACAAUGUCGUCCUUUCCGGUGGCUCCACGAUGUUUCCCGGCAUCGCCGACCGGAUGAAGAAUGAGGUGGAGGCGCUGGUUCCAUCAGGCAUGAAGGUGAAGGUGGUUGCACCGCCCGAGCGGAAGUACUCUGUGUGGAUCGGCGGCUCCAUCCUGUCCUCUCUCUCUUCCUUCAACCAGAUGUGGAUCUCUAAGCAGGAGUACGACGAGUGUGGGCCGAGCAUCGUCCACAGGAAGUGCUUCUAAUCUAAAACUUUCGAUAAAAACAAUAUUUUAUUAUACUAUGACAUGAGAAAACAUGGCUUUGAAGUAU